AGUUGGGGCCCUUGACAGUUGGGAAAAUGGCGAUGACACUGUUGGAAGACUGGUGCAGGGGGAUGGAUGUGAACUCCCAGAGAGCCCUGCUGGUCUGGGGGAUCCCAGUGAACUGUGAUGAGGCUGAAAUCGAAGAGACCCUCCAGGCUGCGAUGCCCCAGGUGCCCUAUCGAGUACUUGGGAGAAUGUUUUGGAGGGAAGAGAAUGCAAAAGCAGCCUUGUUAGAGCUCACUGGCGCUGUCGAUUACGCCGCGAUCCCCAGGGAGAUGCCGGGUAAAGGAGGGGUCUGGAAAGUGGUCUUUAAACCCCCGACUUCCGAUGCUGAAUUUUUAGAAAGGCUGCACCUCUUUCUGGCGAGAGAGGGGUGGACCGUGCAAGAUGUUGCCCGCGUCCUUGGGUUUCAGAACCCUGCUCCGGCCCCAGGCCCAGAUAUGCCGGCAGAGAUGCUAAACUAUAUUUUGGAUAAUGUUAUUCAGCCUCUUGUUGAGUCCAUAUGGUACAAGAAGCUGACGCUGUUCUCUGGGAGGGACAUCCCGGGGCCGGGGGAGGAGACCUUUGAUCCCUGGCUGGAACACACUAAUGAGGUCAUAGAGGAGUGGCAGGUGUCUGAUGUAGAAAAGAGGCGGCGGUUGAUGGAGAGUCUUAGAGGCCCUGCCGCUGAUGUCAUCCGCAUCCUCAAGACUAACAACCCUGCAAUAACCACUGCUGAAUGCCUGAAGGCCCUUGAGCAGGUGUUUGGGAGCGUCGAGAGCUCUAGGGAUGCGCAGGUCAGAUUUCUGAACACUUACCAGAACCCGGGAGAAAAGUUAUCUGCAUAUGUCAUUCGACUGGAGCCUCUUCUGCAGAAGGUGGUGGAGAAGGGGGCUAUAGAUAAAGAUAACGUGAACCAGGCCCGCCUGGAGCAGGUUAUUGCCGGGGCCAACCACAGCGGGGCCAUCCGAAGGCAGCUGUGGCUGACGGGGGCUGCGGAAGGGCCUGCCCCUAACCUCUUCCAGUUGCUGGUGCAGAUCCGAGAGGAGGAGGCCAAGGAGGAGGAGGAGGAGGCUGAGGCCGCCCUCCUGCAGUUAGGCCUGGAGGGGCACUUCUGAGGCCCAGGAAAAAAGGCUGUACUGCAGAUCUAGAUCACAGCUGCUUUCCUUGUCUCCAUGCUAUCUUACAGGUGUCUCUUAGUAGUAAAGACUUAGCCAUGUGCUGGGGGGGAGGGGGUUUGAGAGCAGGGAGGCAGCAGGCCUGGGUAUUCAUGUAACAUUAGUACAAUCGUGCAAAUGAGCACCCUGAGCUACUUACUAUAAGUGAGUCGUACCUAGCUGCAAUGCCAGGUAAAGACUUGUGCACCAGUGCUCAGUGCAAGCUGUCGUUGUGGCAAUCAUCAGUUGUAAAACAUGUGAAUUUGUGACACUUCCCAUUGAGGUAAUUAAGUGUGAAAUUGCAUGUUCUGAUGUUUAGCACAGGACCUGGCAAACACAAAAAGUGUUCAGUAAAAAUGAUGAGCCGUUAUUACUAAUAUCGUGAAUAGUUCUGUGUUUACAGUAAAUUGUUCCUAAUUUAUAUUAAUGGAAAGAAAUGUGACUUAAUUAGAUACUACUAGUUAUUCAACCAUACAAAGCAAAUUUCUUAUUUUUCAUCUUGAAACGUCUGGAUCAGUUUAACUGACAAGUGUUCUGAGACUAUGGAAUGGGGUGUUAGGAAACAAUUCUAGAACUGCGUGAAUCAAUUUUUCUCUGUACAAGAUACAGAUAUAAACUGCAUGGGAAGGUUAUAAAGAACCAGUUACAGUAUCUAGUUCCCCACUUCAAGUCUGUCAUUGAAUAGUAGUUCUUGUUCAUGCUGAUUCUAAGUGUUCUAAAUUUCAAGUUAUCAAAAUACAUGUAUAUGAAUAAAAAUAUUUUAAAAAUUC